AAUGCGGUUGCGAGGUGAGUGGCGCGCGCGCUGCUGAGAUUUCUGGUAGCGCGGGCAGCGCGGCCGGAUUUGGAUUUGGCGGAGAUAAAAUUCUCUUCCCUGGAUUGCCAGUGCCGGCAGCUCUAGGUCUUGUUCAUGAGAACCAGGGCGCAGGCUUUGCUGUCCGAUGACGCAGAGGUGGAGCCGAGGAGGACAGGGACAGGCACAGGGAAAUCCUCGUCGCCAGGGUUGAUCAAGAAGAUCAAGCUCAAGAUCAGCAGCAAUGGUCGGUAUGGCACGCGUAGCGAGUCGCUGAGGGAACGGCAAGCGGCCGCCAAGAGGGAGGGGCUAAAGAUCGUCCUCAAGAGAAAAGCUCCAGAAGCACAGGAGGCACUGGUGAUCAAGAAGCACAAGAGGGGAAUUCACAGGCAGCAGCGGCUCCAUGGAGAAGAGAAGAGAGAUGAGGAGGAGGACGAGGAGGAAGAGGAGGAGCGAAGUACACCCGCGCCCGAGACCAAAGCUCCUCCCUCGGCUGUGAAAAGCAAAGCUAGUCCGGCCACCGAGAAUGCGUCACCUUCUCGCGAGGAGACCAACCACACGGGUGGUGUUUUGGAGGAGGAGGCCACGGCUGUGAAGGAGGAGGUGGCUGGAUCGGCGGGGCGGUUUUGCUGCACCGUCAACACGGAUAUGGUGGCCGAUCGCUCCGAGGCGAGCGUCUCAUCCGAGCCUUCGUGCUCGGCGGACUCCAAGAGCUCCAAGAAGCGUCAUGCCGACGAGGAGCGGGCGAUGGACGGACAAACUUUAGUUGCGGUGACGGCUACGCGGACACCGUUGUUUGUGCCUGCGAAACGAUCGCCGCUUCCGUUUCCUCUGCCGGCUGCAGUGCCUCCGGUCAUCACCGCGACGCCUACAGCAGCUCCUCCGGCCGUGAGAUCGGCGUUGCCAGCUCCGCCCGCAGUGCGCUCCGCGCUUCCGCUUCCCGGUGGAGACGAGACGGCGGAUGCCGAUGAAAAGGUGGUGUUUGACGAAGUUGACAUCCACGGCUUCUCGUCGGCAAUCACAGGCUCAGAAGUGCUACGGUUACGUCACGAUGGCCUGGUCGCUCAAUCCAGUGAAGAAGAUGGCCUCUCGCUGCCGGAAGAGGAGAUGCUGUCUCCAAUGUUCUUCGGCAACCCAUGGCACGACGAUGGCUCCAUGAGCUGCUUGCCGGAGAUGAGAAAGAAAGGCGGCCCUGGUUCCCGUGCGAUUUACCGGUGUAGCAGAUGCUUGGCACCAAAGAAAGGACACAGGUGUCCGUUCGAGACCGAGUCGCCGGUGGAGGAUGCCAAGCCAGAGCAGGUGCCACGACACGGUUCACAUAAGAAAGCGUCGGAUACCAGCACCUCAAACGAGCUAGAAUGCCAAAACACUGACCGUGCUAGUCCCUCCAAGUCGAAUGACACCCCGCCGGCUGAGACGUCGAUUCAGGAAGAAGAGACUUCCAAGCCCGGGAAGAGUAAGGCGGCGGCUCCUCCUCCGCCGGAUCCGGUGGUGAAAGAGUUCACUGUGUCGGCGAAGUGGCUGCUCGAGUCGGGAGUUUUGGAGGGUCUCACCGUGCGGUACAUGCCACGGCCGGGAGAGGUGUUGGGAAGUGGAGUUGUCAAGAGCGGUGUCAUUCUGUGCAAUUGUCGACAUUGUAAAAGCCACCAGGGCUUCAACGCGUCCUCGUUUGAGAAGCACGUAGGUAGCACUGCCCGGCACCCGAGCGACUUCAUCUUCCUAGACAACGGGAGGCGGCUUAGAGAAGUUUUGGAGGACGGGUCGAGGUUUAGAGACAAGCCAAACAUGAUGGGUGCGCUGCGCAAGGCCGUGUCCAUGGACUGGGAGGACGAUUCCUAGAGAAACAAUGGAGUUUCAAGCGUGCGCGUGUCAGUCUACUCUCAGGAAACGAGAAAGCUAGGAUUCGAGCCCCCCCUUACCUUCUUUAAGAGCCACCCGUGCAAAGAAUUUCGUUUGGUACGUUCCCUCCAGUUUUCUAGCUACGAAAGAGAGUGAGAGCUGAUUUUUCUUGCUGGAACUUGGAUCGAUCGAUUAGAUGAUCAAACUUCCAAAGUACUAGAUAUCGUUUUCCAGGACCUGA